AUGAACGCCACGGAUCCGCCGUCCAAGCGAAGCUUCGUGGAAAGGCGACUAGAUUACGUCAUCCUUUUCGAGCUCGUUCUCAUGCUGUCUCUCGCGAUCUUCCCCGCAGCGGUCUUCGCGGCGCGGCUGCCGUACCAGGAGCAGUACAUGUGGUACCUGGAGCUGGAUCAGAACGCGCAGCUCACGGGGCUUAACAAGGCGCAGUAUAACGCGGACAACCCCGCCCUGGCGGGCGUGUUGCAGUUCUUCACGUGCCUCGUGCUCUAUGGUAUGGCCAUUGCCGCUCCCUGUUGUCCCCCCUCCAGCUCAUUCCCUCCAUCUCCUUCCUUCCACUUAUCCCCUCCCUUCUCAUUCAUCCCACUCUCCCCCCCCCUUUCAUCCCCUCUCCUCUCAUCCCCUCCCUUCUCAUCCCCUCCCAUCUCAUCCCCCCCCACUCAUCCCCUCCCCCCACCCCUCUCAUCCCCCCGUCUCAUCCCCACCCCUCUCAUCCCCACCCCUCUCAUCCCCACGCCUCUCAUCCCCACCCCUCUCAUCCCCACGCCUCUCAUCCCACCCCUCUCAUCCCCACGCCUCUCAUCCCCACCCCUCUCAUCCCCACGCCUCUCAUCCCCACCCCUCUCAUCCCCACCCCUCUCAUCCCCACGCCUGUCAUUCCCUCUCCUGCAGGCUACGCUAUUUCGCUACUUUGUGCCCAUAUCGCUGUACGUGACAAUGGAGAUAGUGAAGCUGCUGCAGGCGGUGACCAUCUCGUUGGACCUGCACAUGUACUACGAGGACAAGGACAUCCCCGCCAUUGCUCGCACCUCCAACAUCAACGAGGAGCUCGGCAUGGUGCGCACGGUGCUGUCAGACAAAACAGGCACGCUGACGCGCAACCAGAUGGAGUUCUUCAAGUGCUCCAUCGCCGGCACGCCCUACGGCAUGGGCGUCACCGAGGUCGAGAAGGCCGCCGCCCAGCGCGCAGGCCGCCCUCCCCCAGAAGAGGACGAGGACGACGACCAGGUGUAUGUCCCCGAACGCCCCCUGGAGAAGGGCUUUAACAUGCGCGACCCGCGGCUGGACGGCAUGAAGUGGGUGGAGCAGCCGUGCGCCGAUGAGAUCCGACGGUUCCUGGAGGUGCUGUCCGUGUGCCACACUGUUGUGGUGGACACGGCUCCCAUUGAGCGCGCUGCUAGCAGUAACAUCUUUGCCAUGGGUAGUGCUGCUGGCGUGGGGAGUGGGGGUGUGUUGGGGAGUGGCGCAGGGGGGAUGAAGAGCAGCAGCAGCAGCAGCAGCGUGAGCGUGGCGAGUGCGGGUUCCAGUGUGAGAGGCGGGGCGGCCAGUGCAAGCGCAGGCGGAGGGGGCACGCUGCUGCUGCCAGGGGAAGGGGGAGGCGGGGGAGAGACACCACUGAUGCCGGGGGGGGAGGAGGCGGUGGAUGGCGAGGCGGUGAGGUUCCUGGCGGAGUCGCCUGACGAGGCGGCGUUUGUGGUGGCGGCCAAGCGCCUGGGGUUCCUGUUCCUGGGGCGCCAGGGCAACGAGCUCAAAGUGCGCGAGUACGGGGCACGGUGGAGUGUGGUGCAGGACCGCUCCUAUGAGCUGCUCAACACUCUCGAGUUCACCAGUCACCGCAAGCGCAUGUCAGUGGUGGUGCGCACGCCAGAGGGGCGCCUGCUGCUGCUCUGCAAGGGCGCCGACAGCGUCAUCAUGGACCGCCUCUCCGCCUCCGAGCACGCACAGAAGUACCGGCCAAUCACGGAGCGCCACAUGACCAUGUACGCGGAGGCGGGGCUGAGAACGCUGGCGAUCGCGUGGAGGGAGGUGGGCGAGGAGGAGUAUGCGGCGUGGCAGCAGCGGUGGGUGGAGGCGAAGGGGUACGUGGCAGAUGCGGGUGUGCAGGCGGAGCGGCUGGAGGCGCUGGCUGACGAGCUGGAGAGUGGACUCGUGCUUGUGGGGGCUACUGCCAUUGAGGACAAGCUGCAGGUGGGAGUACCGCAGGCAAUAGAGACGUUGGCGCAGGCGGGGAUAAAGCUGUGGGUGCUGACGGGGGACAAGCUGGAGACGGCCAUCAACAUCGGGUUCGCGUGCAGCCUGCUGCGCCACCACAUGCAGCAGCACCUCGUCUUCCUCGAGGACAACGACGCCGCCGCCAAGGAGGCUGCCAGAAGGGGCGUACCACUCAAGGAGUUUGCAGCGGAGUUGGUGCGGUCGCAGAUCCUGGCAGCCAGUGAGUCCGUGCACGGCGCACAGUGGGCACGCGCACAGCAGGCAGGCAGCACAACGGCCACUGGGACAACCAGCAACCGUGCCGAUAACCCUGCGCAGGAGCACAGCGGGGACGGGGGCGGAAGCGAGGGAGGACGUGGGAGUGAGAGUGGGAGUGAGGGCGGGGCGGCACAGGAGCAUGCGGUGGUGAUAGACGGCAAGGCACUGGUGCUGGUGCUGGCGAACGAUGCUCUGCGUGCUGCCUUCCUUGAGCUGGCUCUGCAGUGCGCGUCCGUCAUCUGCUGCCGCGUGUCGCCCAAGCAGAAGGCGCAGGUGACGGCCAUGGUGCGGCGCGAGGGCAAGCAGAUCUGCCUCGCCAUUGGAGAUGGGGCUAACGACGUGGGCAUGAUUCAAAAGGCGAAUAUUGGUGUGGGCAUCCGCGGCGAGGAGGGACAGCAGGUGGGGGGAAUGGUUUGUUGGCUGACUGUGGACAGUGGGCAGUAA